UACCGAUGCCCCGAGCCGCAGUGCGCGCUCUCCUUCGCCAAGAAGCACCAGCUCAAGGUGCACCUGCUGACGCACGGCGGCAGCCAGGGCCGGCGGCCCUUCAAGUGCCCCCUGGACGGCUGCGGCUGGGCCUUCACCACCUCCUACAAGCUCAAGCGGCACCUACAGUCGCACGACAAGCUGCGGCCCUUCGGCUGCCCGGUGGGCGGCUGCGGCAAGAAGUUCACCACCGUGUACAACCUCAAGGCGCACAUGAAGGGCCACGAGCAGGAGAGCCUGUUCAAGUGCGAGGUGUGUGCCGAGCGCUUCCCCACGCACGCCAAGCUCAGCUCCCACCAGCGCAGCCACUUCGAGCCCGAGCGGCCCUACAAGUGCGACUUUCCCGGCUGCGAGAAGACGUUCAUCACAGUGAGUGCUCUGUUUUCCCAUAACCGAGCCCACUUCAGGGAACAAGAACUCUUUUCUUGCUCGUUUCCUGGAUGCAGCAAACAGUAUGACAAAGCCUGUCGCCUGAAAAUCCACCUGAGAAGCCAUACAGGUGAAAGACCUUUUAUUUGUGACUCUGACAGUUGUGGCUGGACCUUCACCAGCAUGUCUAAACUCCUAAGGCACAAAAGGAAACACGACGACGACCGGAGGUUUACCUGCUCUGUGGAGGGCUGUGGGAAAUCAUUCACGAGAGCGGAGCAUCUGAAAGGCCACAGCAUCACGCACCUGGGCACAAAGCCAUUUGAGUGUCCUGUGGAAGGGUGCUGUGCUAGAUUCUCUGCUCGUAGCAGUCUCUAUAUCCACUCUAAGAAACACCUGCAGGACGUAGGUGCUCCGAAAAGCCGUUGCCCAGUCUCCAGCUGCAACAGACUCUUCACCUCCAAGCACAGCAUGAAGGCGCACGUGGUCAGACAGCACAGCCGGCGCCCAGAUCUCUUCCCUCAGCUAGGAGCUCCGAGUUCUCUCACGCCCAGCAGUGAGCUGGGUGGCCCAGGCCAAAGCGAGCUCAACAACAUAGACCUGGCAGCACUCUUCUCCGACACACCUGGUGACGGUGGUAGUGCAGUGGGGGCCUCGGAUGAGGCCCUGAACUCUGGAAUCCUGACCAUCGACGUAACUUCUGUGAGCUCCUCUCUCGGGGGGAACCUCCCUGCUAAUAAUAGUUCCUUAGGGCCAAUGGACCCGCUGGUCUUGGUGGCCCACAGUGACAUUCCUCCAGGCCUGGACAGCCCUCUUGUUCUCGGGACAGCAGCCACAGUGCUUGAGCAGAGCAGCUUCAGUGUGGAUGACGUGCAGACUGUAAGUGCAGGAGCGCUGGGCUGUCUGGUAGCUCUGCCUGUGAAGGACGUGGGCCAGGACCCAGAGGCUGUGACCUCCAGCAGCAAUUUAGCAGCGAACACCACCACACUGACCUCUUCAAGUGUCCCCCAGGGAAGCACCGGUGUCCCAGAACUGCAUGCGCCGAUCAAAGUGGAGCCAGCCUCACCUCCUGGCCCUGGUGCUGUCAGGCAGCGAGAACGAAGCAGAGGGGCGUCCCAGUCUGUGUCCUGCAGCCCUGUGGAAAAGCCCUGUCCUCAGAGAGACACAGGGCCCAGUGCGGGGACCGGCGGCUUAUAUUUGCUGUGUGACGUUGGGCUGCCUCGAUUCUCUGAGCACAGAUGGUGUGUGGUGAAUGGGUUACAGGAAAGUGAGGGCUCAGCAAGAACUGAUUCCCGAGCCAUUCAACUAGCCAAGAAAAAAAAGCAGAAAGGAACUGGGAGCAAUGCAGGCGCCCCGGGGUCUGCUCAGAGGAGGACGAAAGGUGGCAGACUCAGUCCUGCUCACUUCCACACGAGCCAGAGCGGUUGGUUGUGUGGGAACCUCGUGGUGCCCAGUGGAGGCCUGCCAGCACCAGCUCCAGUGGCCGGGGUGCAGUGCUUUCAGGUCCAGUUACUGCAGGAUGACCCCUUGGGGGAAGGAGCCUUGCCGGUGGCCCUCAGCCCGCAGCCGCCCACCUUCCGCCCACUGCUCGCCGUUGACAUGCCCAUCUAUGUCCUCCAGGAGGUGCUUCCUGCAGCUGGCGGGGCCGCUGGACCUGAGGACGUGCAGUGCCCAGGGAGCACGGUCAACCUGCGGGACCUGCAGUGACAGCUGCCCUCUGCCUGGGGACCAAGGACAACGCCUCCCAUCCCUGUUCCCCCAAGACUUUGGUCCAUGGUCUUGCAGGCCUGGGUGAGACCUUGGUUUCUGCUCAGAAGGGCAGCCUAGUUCUUCAGAGACUUUGGGGUACAUUUAUUGAAAAUGUUUUCCUUAGAUUUUAUCAGGAACCAAUUUGGGGCCGUGCUAUUUGAAACUGCUAUGUAUGAGCAGAGUGCUUCGGUGAGGCAAGGCUUGCCUUCAGAGCAAAAUGCACAACUUUCCUGUGCUGGGCUGUGCGUGGACAUCCCUGUCCCAUUUGAUCUGAGCCAUGGAGCACUUGUUCAUUUAAGGAAACACAUUGUGCAGGAAAAUAGGGUCGAGUUUGUUUCCCUAGUCAGACACAGCUUUCUCUGUGGUAAAACCAAAUGGGGUCUUUCAGCUUCUGUGUUGUAGCAUCUGGCUUGAGAGAGACAGAAGCACCCGUAUCCCUUCUGAGAGCUGUGUACCAGGCCAUUUCCCCACGCCUUGGCUGGUGUUCCUGGUCGGGUUGAUUUUGUCACACUCCGGGGCAGAAGUGGUCCUUUUGUCACAGUGAGGCCAGAUUCUAAUGCAUGUUCCGGCAGGCCAGGCGGGCAGCUGGUGUGAGAGGAAAAUAAUGGGGGGUGACAUGGGGCACAUUGGGGGCAUCUUAGCAAGUCCUCAGCAUAAACCGGAUUUAGAGCUCAUAGUUGGGGAUGAUAGAGUUAAAACUUUUUCAAUAUUUUUUUUAAAUUCUGUAUUUGGGUAUUAACAUUUAAUAGUAAUUUGACAAUGGUUUAUAAUGUUCUGAAUACUGUAAAUUAUGUGUAGGACUGUAAUAAUGGCAUGUAUAUGUUUUCUGUUGUUGAGGUUGAAGAUGUCAUAUGCUAUGUCAGUGUAUAUUUUUAUAGAGUAAGGUCUGUCUUGCAAAAGGAGACGAGUUGAUAACCUUGCACAUAUUUAUUUGAUAAUUAGUUAGCAGACUGGACACACUCAGAAAUGGGUUUUUGCCUUGUUCCUUUUGAAGUGUAUGUUGAUUCAGAUGCUAUUUUGGUUCUUAGACUCGGAAUUAUCCAAACUCUACCCAUUCUGUGUUUCUUCGUUUCUUAAGAUUUUGGCCUUUGGCUUCUGAGAGUGA